AUGGGGGUUUCCUGCCACCCUAUAUUACAUUUUGCAUGCAAAUCACAAGAUUCAGAUAUUUGCAAAUUAUUACUUGACUCAGUUAAUAAAAUUUAUGUUUAUGAUACUGACAACAACAAUGAAGAAAAAACAAUACACAGUUAUAUAAAUAUUAUCGAUGAAUAUUCUUUUGCUCCACUUCAUUAUGCUGCAAAGAGAAAUUCCAAAGAUAUUGCUGAGCUUCUUAUUUCACAUGGAGCAGAUAUCAAUAAAGAAGGUAGGUGGUCUAGAACACCUCUUCAUUAUGCAGCAAAAAAUAAUAAUAAAGAAAUAGUUGAACUCCUUAUUUCACAUGGAGCAGAUGUCAAUGCUGUAGAUGAAAUUAUUAGAAAACCUCUUCAUUAUGCUACAAAAAUUGAUAGCAUAGAAAUAGUCAAACUUCUAAUUUUACAUGGAACAUAUAUUAAUUAUGUAGAUAGAAAGAAUAAAACACCUCUUCAAUAUGCAGUAAAAAAUAAUAGUAAAGAAAUAGUUGAACUUCUUAUUUCUCAUGGUGCAGAUGUGCAUUUUAUUGGAACACCUCUUCAUUUUGCAGUCGAGAGGAAUUUCAAAGAAAUUGCCGAAUUUCUUAUUUUACAUGGUGCAGAUAUCAAUGCAUGGAACGGAUAUUCCAGAACUGCUCUUCAUUUAGCAGCAAAAAAUAAUAGUAAAGAAAUAGUCGAACUUCUUAUUUCUCAUGGUGCUCACAUUGAUGCUAAAGAUGACGAUUUUAGAACUGCUCUUCAUUUAGCUGCAAAAAGAAAUUUCAAGGAAAUUGCAGAACUUCUUAUCUCACAUGGUGCAGAUAUCAACGAAGAAGAUAUAUUUGGUAAAACACCUCUUUAUUAUGCAGCAAAACAAUCCUAUGAUAAAAGAACUCAGAACUCCUUACUUUCCAUAGUGUUGCAACAUAGAAAGAAUAAUACUAAAUAA